AUGGCAGAGGCUGCUGCACUUUUGGCUAUUGGAAAGAUCGGUGUUGCUUUGGAGGGAGAAGUAUGGAAAGUAGCCAGUUCUCUGUUUGAAAAUGAAGUCUCUUUGUUGACUGAACUACCCUGUGCUAUGAGCAGUAUCAGGGGCGAACUUUCGGUAAUACAAGCUACUCUUCGUCAAAUGGAUGCUCAAACUGACAAUAACGAGGCCCUGGAAGCUUGGGUUAAGCAGGUACGGAAACUGGCAUAUGAUGUUGAGGACAUCAUGGAUGAUUAUGUCUCUCUCAUACCUCAACAGAAACGGAGCAGAUUGGGUGAUAAGAACGACGGAAGCAGAAUAGUCAUUACAACUCGGAGUAUCGAGGUAGCUUCACUAGCAUGUGAUAGUCGGAAGCUUAAGCUCGAGGUUUUACAGACCACUGAGGCAUGGGAUCUAUUUUGCAAGAAGGCAUUCUCAAAAGAGAAGGGAUGUCCUGAAGAGCUGAAGGAGCUGGGGGAAAAUAUCGUGUCGAAGUGUGAUGGGGUGUCACUAGCUAUUGUCUCUUUAGGCAGCAUCAUGUCCCUGAGAGAGAAAACUAAGUCAGAAUGGGCGAAAGUUUAUGAUCAGCUGAACUGGGAGUUGCAUAACAAUCCAAAUUUGGAUACGGUGAAGCUUGCUUUGAAUCUUGGCUACAACGAUCUACCGAGAUAUCUUAAAAAUUGCUUCUUGCACUGCAGCAUGUUCCCGAAGGAUCAUGUGCUUCAGAGAAAGAAGCUUAUGAGGCUAUGGGUCGCAGAGGGAUUGGCAGAAAGAAGGGGAUCAAGGACAUUGGAAGAAGUGGCGGAGGACUAUCUCGAGGAGCCCAUCAAACGAUGCAUGCUUCAAGUCGUAAAGAAGAAUAUAUUUGGUAGAAUAAAGUCUUGCCGGAUGAAUGAUGUUGUACGAGAGUUAGCUAUAUCAUUGUCUGAGAAGGAAAAUUUUAGUACCGUACUUCAUAGUCUUCAACUGGUGUUGAAGAUAGGUGAUGAAACACGUCGUCCGUCAGUCCACAGAUACAAGAACGAAUUUGAAAUGAGCAUGGAGUUACCAAGACUUCGCUCAUUCAUUGUGUUUGACCCUUCAGUGUCCCUGGCCUUGGACAUGACAUCCUUAUCUAUGAUGUGUUCCUACUCUAGAUACUUGACCCUCUUAGACCUGCAAGGCAUUUCGAUUGAGAGAGUCCCAGAUCAAAUCGGGGACUUAUUCAAUCUCCGCUUUUUGGGUUUGAGGGGGACAAGGGUGAAGGUGCACCCUAAAUCCUUAGGUAAGCUUUGUAACCUACAGAUGUUAGACCUCGUGGACUAUGAAAUAGAUAAACUGUUAGAUGUAUACUCUAAAAGCUAA